AUGCAGUUGUAUAAAUGCAUUCGUGGUGUUAUCCAGCUUUACAUUAACGUUGUACCUAUGUUCCAUGGCCAUUCAAUUCAAACUUUGCCAUUUAUUGCUGCUUUGCAUCACAACAACUGCAUGUACAUGGCCCACAAACUGAUGAGCUUCCAAAUAAAGACAAGGAACAUAUUGAGACAGCCUGUUGAUUAUGUUGAGGAGCUCCAGAGACUGGCUGUUGAUCACUUCCUCUCAUUAUUACAACAACAGAAAGCUAAUAUUUUGCAGAAUUUGAAAUCAGACUUUGGCUUUGACGGCAUGAGUGAACACUAUGAAACCACACUUAAAAGUUGGAGAAAAGUGUCGUUAGAAUUACAACAUCUGCAGAUAGCUUGGAAUGGCGUGUUACCACCAUCUCUUCUUCAUAAAUCAAUUGGGUCAUUAUUCAACACCUCUCUGGAAGAAGUGGUAAAUGGAAUAACCAAACUCGAAGACAUUUCAGAAUUUGAUGCUCAAAAGUUAACUGAUUUGACUUCGGUUAUCGAAAAAGACGGCAUUGAUUUAAUAUCAUCCAUUGGUUUGCCAUCUAACGACAGCUUACCAAUUCAAUUUUUGGAAGUUAAACUACAACAACACAUCGAAUUUUGGAUUAAAUUGAAAGAACUAAAAUUUGUUUUGAAUGCCAGGUUGAUGGAAAUCAGAGACAGAUGGGCAGCUGGCAAAGGACCGCUGGCUGAUGCAUUCACAAAAGAAGAAAUGGAUAGUUUAAUAAGAGCAUUGUUUCAAAAUACUGAAAUGCGCUCGGCCGUUUUAGCAGUCAUAAACAGAAAAACGGAUUACUAA